GUCAGAAGCAGCAUGUGGUCUCUUUUCUCUCCCACCGUCAAGAAGGUGUUUGCAAUGAUGCUCAAGAUACUUCCUGUUCUAGCCAUCCUUACAGGCCAUGUCGGCGGUGUUGUGGUGACCAUCCCCGAGAAGACAGUGAAUGUCACCACAGGUGGAAACGCAACCCUCCUCUGUACAUACACGAGUUCUGGACUGCUGGGAAAUUUCUUUAUUCAGUGGAGCUUUUACAGUGCCAGAGAGAGACAACUGCUUACCAUCUAUUAUUAUACAGGAGGCCAGUCUUACUCUUAUGGAGAGUUUAAGAACAGGAUAACAGCUGCAACAGGUCCAGGGAAUGCAUCAAUAACAAUCUCCAACAUGCAGCCCUCAGACACUGGUUCCUACACCUGUGAAGUUUUCAGCCCAGAGGCUGAUGUUGGACAGAGCCAGAAAUCUGUGAUUGUCCGUGUGCUGGUCAAACCGUCAAAACCCUUCUGCAAAAUAGAAGGAACACCUGAAAAAGGCCAUCUAAUCUACCUCUCAUGUAAAUGUGAAGAAGGAUUGCCUCGCCCUACCUACCACUGGUACAAAGUAGAUGAGAAUACCCUCAAGCCUGUGACUGAACAACUUGAUCCAAAAACUGGCAUUCUUUACAUUGGCAACCUCACCAACUUUGAAACUGGGUAUUACCGGUGCAUAGCCAGCAACGUCCUGGGGAACAGUACCUGUGAGCUCGACCUAACUGCAAAGCAUUCAGACAGUGGUAUUGUUGCUGGAGCAUUAAUUGGAGCAAUUCUGGCAGCUGCCAUAAUUUCCAUUAUCGUCUGGGUCUUAACCAAGAAGGCAAAGAAUAAGAAGUCAUCAAGUAAUGAGAUGCAAGAAAUGGCCCAGAAACAAUCCAAUGCAGACUAUGUUCAGGUACCUAAUGAAGAAAACAUUCCUGCGACCACAGUUCCAUCAAGCAAUGCAACAAAUGAAUACCCUAGUGUUGAUGAAACAGCAGCCUCUGGGACACCUGAAAAUGAUGAGAAGCAAGAAGCGGAAAAAGAAGAAAUAGCCUAGAGUUUUAAUACAGUUUUCCUUGUCAGCUUUGGACCCCUUUAUACAAAAAAUGUUGCAAUUGAAUUAACACAGAAGCAUGACUAAAUCUCGAAUGGCCAUUUGUAUUGUGAACCACUGGACUGGAGAGUGAAAAUGGUCUGUAACACACGCACCUUACAGACAGCUGAAGAUUUGGCCUUUAAAAUAACCAAAUUUCAUUUGUUAUCUAGUUAUAAUUGUACAUAAGCAUAGAAAGUCUAUAAUCCAAAUUUAUCCAACUUAUUUUGCAAAACUAAUUAGGAAAUAGGCUGACACAUUUGACAAAAGUAAGAGCUUUCCAGUCAACUAUCGGUGAUGCUGUAUAUGUCCACACAGUUCUGGACAACAGCAGUCUUCUCUAGAAACAGUGUUGGCCAAUCUCAUUUUUCUUAUACACCAAGAACAAUCAUCAUGGCCAAUACAUUGCAGUGUUCAAAGGAUCUGAUUUUGCAUGUCAGAAGUAAAAAGAAGUUUCAUCAAUGUCAUCAGAGUGCAGAAACAGAUUUUAAGACCUGGAACAAUGAUAUCUUGGGUGUGUGAAUUCCCCUUAAAGCUAAAAAAAGCCUUUUACCCUGUUGCUGCCUGACAUGGAAUACAUUUUGUUAACAGUGAUCUUCUUGGCUUUAAAGUUCCCAAGGCACCAGCAUUCCAGAGUCAUGUGUUUCAGCAUUUCUGGUUUUCAGUUCAAUGGAACUAGCAUUGAGGUACACAGUUCAGACAUCAAUUGAUCGGUUUCCAGUCAACAGGAGCUGGAACUCUAAAUCCCUUGCAAGGCUUGCUGUAAUCGGCACACAGAGUAUCGGAUUCCUCAUGACAUGUGGAUACAGCUGCUUUCAAAACUUAGCAGUGAACACUGCCUACUACACAACACACUAGCUUAGACUGCUUCCUCAGCCUGAGAUGUUUUAAAUCUACUCCCAGGCAACCACCCUACCCACUAAGCAACAAACUCAUGCUCCUUUUCUUCUGGUCUCAUUAGCCCAGUGUAACUUUGACUGUUUUCUAUAGGUGAAAGAACCAUGAGAAAAGGUAAAUGGUGCAUGCACACCAAUAACCAACAGCUGAGUAAUGAACACUCUUGGAAAGAGAAAAGGGAAUUGAACCACAUACACUCUGAUCACUAGACACCUCUUCUCUCUGGGCCUUGUUUCUAAGGUUAAGCAGACUCAGUUCUUCAAAAGGGCAAAGACACUCUUUUCAGAAGAGCUCAAGGACCACAGGGCUCAGGGGAACAGACACACACAGCCUCAGCAACUCCCUUCUAAACUACAUGAGGCAGGCACUCACUGACACAAGGCGACCUGGUUUCAGCCUUGUGCACUGCAGAAAACUCCCGUCAGGCUCAGGGAUUUGUUUGGCACUUAAGUCGUAUAUCGGAGAUAAUGUUCAUAAAUGCUUUGGUGACUCUUCCUACUCUGUAAAUAUUAGUUAUAUGCAACAGUCAUCUUUAAGACAGAUAAAAAGAUACAUUUGCACUAAAAUUUUCAGAUUCAGUUCCUAUAGCUAUGUUUUAUUAAGAAACCACACACAAAAAAAAAAGACAAAAAAAUGGCAACAUUUAAAUAAGAUGUAAGGCAUGAGGUCCUGAUUAUGAUUCAGUCAGGAUCAUUAAGCGUAACUGUAUUCAUUGCCCAUUUCACUAGUUUUCCAGCUUUCAAAUACUUGUCUUUGAUACGUGUGUCCUAGCAUUUAGCCUCACUGCACAGAAAAAGAGCAUUUACAGUGUUCGUAUAUUGUUUUAGCUAAAAACUGUUGUGCCAGACUGCACAGGUCAAACCCUUACUAAUGCCAACACUGCCAUAUUCUCCCAGUGGAUCCUCACACUCCUCUCUCCCUAGAAUAUCCAGGUAAAUGUUAAGUCAUGACCUGUGUAGAAAUCUCUUCUUAAUCAGGCAUCUCUCUUAUGGACUGUCGCAAUUUGCUAAUAAAAUCCACCAACUCACAUCCUCCAAUCUAGGUUUAGAAGCUUACUGAAAAUUUCUGAUAUUCACACCCAAUGUUUUGUAAGCAUGCUCAGUAACAGCAAGAGAAGAGUAGUACUACCUACUCCUUUUUGGGUGCCAUUUCUUAUCAAAGGUGUUUCCUAAUGAGACAAUUUAAAUCAAUUAUUGGUUCAAGGGAGCCCACAACUUGGCUGACAGUGGUAUUAAUUCUAAAUAAUUUCUUCUCUGACAUUCCUAGGCAUUCUUCUAUUCUUGCUGUUCAUGGAAAAUACAAACAACUCUUCACGACACUGCUGUAGUUGUAUUAGUUCUUCUAAAGUCAUCUCCUGUAUCUAUGCAUCUUAGUUACAUUUGUGUUACUACAACAGCUUUCCAACUUCCCCAUCUCUGUAACAGUAUUGUCGUGAUUGAAGAGAGGACUAUAUUAUGUGUUCAUUAUUGUAAUUCUUUUAAUCUUUCCUUAAUCUCACCUCCACAAAUUUCUCUGCAUAUAUCCUUGUAUAACUUACUACAGUAACAUAGGAGCUUAUGCAGAAUGCAAUCUGAAGUUGUGAUUACCUUCUAUAGCUAGUACAAUCUUCCCAGAACACCACAGGUCUUACAUUUGCUAAAAAAGUAGAAAUUGUUCAAGUUAUGUAAAUGUUUUUAUAUUAAAAGAAAAAACAAUUGAACACAAGUUCUAGACUAAUAAUUCCUCUCAUACUUCUAGCCACCAGUGUGUAAUAGAUAGUAUUAAAAAAACCCUAACAAAAAUCAAAACAAAACAAAAAGUAAAAAUAAGAAGUAAACCAGAUUGCUGUGGGUGAGGAGGAGGGUAAGGAAAAUAACAUUUAUUUGGAGUUUCUUAACAGAUUGAGAUAUUUCUGUAAGACUUCUGGCAGAUGUUUGUUCUUAUUAUGGAGUUUCUCUCAUGUAAAAUAGUUUAUUAAAAAGGAUGGAGCACUGUUCCUAGCUUUCCACUGAUGCUCUUGGCAAAGCACAAGCCAAAUUAGGUAUUGAUCCACAGCGUGUAGCAAAAAAACCCUGCAGAGCUAUGCACGAGGCAGAAACAUUUUUCAGAAUCUGCCUCAGAUGUUCCAACAGUCUUUGCUGCAUGGCCCAUUUAUCUUCUCCCGAGGGAGCAGGGAUCAUUAAUAUGGAAACCAAAUAUUAAGCCAAGAUUCAAUCUACCAUCUCCUAGAGAAAUGGAUUUACAAAGCUACAGAGCUGUGGCAGGGGUUUUUUGCUACACAAAGAUCAAGGAUGAACACAGAAUUCUAACUUGAGCUUUUCUCAAGUUUUCAGCAGUGCCUGCACAAUACACAAGAAACAUUUACUCGGUCAGGUUCCUCCUUCAAGCAAGGUCUGGCAUGGCCUGAGCUUACUCUACAGGCAAGUUGCCCCUCCUGCUCUCAGUAGGCACCCUCACUGAAAUUUAAGCUUUUGCUUUCCAGGAUAAGACUUGAAGUACUUGGUGAAGAUAUUUGUUUGGUUGUAGGUUUCUGUCUUGCUUAUGAAAAUAAAUUGCAAUACCUUAAUCCCUACAAGUCAAACUUUAGAAACCACCAUCUUCCAUUUCAACCUUUCCCUGCAGCUGAAGAACAAACAUGU